UGGCCCGUAGAGAUGUGUACAAGAGGAGAAGGGAAAGCUGUGCUAAUCGAGCUAGCCGGAUCCUCCCGAUUAUAGAAACACGGCUGAACGUGGUCAUGUUGCACACCGUGGGUUUUAUUUCGUGAAAAAAAAAAAAAAAAACCUCGUGUUGGAAUAUCUGCUUCGCUGCUGAGGGGGUAAAGGAACUCUUUCUUCAGACCGAACAGCAAAGCCGGUUUGUAAGUGCUGCAAAUCUGAGCCGUGUGUGAGUCAACGUUAGCUGGCCUAGCCGGACUCGGGAGCUCGUCUCCCAAAACAAGAAUGGGGUCUGGGUCCGCUCGGAUUAGCUUGCUCGUAAAGUGACCUUUGAUUGUUUUCUCUGAUGGCAAAUUUCACGAACUAUCAGGAAGGCAAGGCAGCAAUGUUGAUGGUGGAGACGCAGCAGAGGGACGUGGGGACGAAACCUGCGGCCGCCACCGCUGCAAACGGAGACGGCUCGGUCGGGGAACCCCCUUCCCCGUUAAUUAAUAUCGGCGGAGGAGGAGGAGGAGGUGGUGGUGGUGGUGGUAGUAGUAGUAGUAGUAGCGGUGUUGGAGGCGGCGGCGGCGGCGGCUCUCGUUUCCACCAUUUACCUCCCUCAAACCACUUCCACCUUAGCCACCAUCACCCGCCAAAGGAUCCACAGCAGCAACAUCACUACCAGCAGCAGCAGCAGCAUCUUUCCGGGGAAAGUACUGCAGAGUCUCCGGGCAGGAAACCUGCCGCCUCCUCGUCUUGCAACCAGGUACACACAGCCGAGGAUCCCGCCGCUUCCUCCGCCGCCAGCAGCAGCCAUGUAUACACGCCUGUGAACGUUGUAAGCAGCUCAGACGUUGUGGAUGAUAUCCGAAAGUGUGGCUAUUUAAGAAAGCAAAAGCAUGGACACAAGAGGUUUUUCGUGCUUCGGGCUGCCAGCCACCUCGGGCCGAGCCGCCUGGAGUACUACGACAGCGAGAAGAAAUUCAGGAACAGCCUUCGCUCUGCUGCCGCCGCGGCCGCCGCCAGUGGCGGAGCGGUCCUCCCCUCUCCUCCAAAAAGGGUGAUUUACCUCUACCAGUGCUUCACCGUGAACAAAAGGGCGGAUUCCAAAAACAAACACCUCAUCGCCCUUUAUACUAAGGACGAGUACUUUGCCAUUGUCGCUGAAAACGAGCAGGAGCAGGAGGACUGGUAUGUAGCCAUCAGUGAGCUGAUGAGUGAGGGCAAAAAAGGACACUUGGACUCUGAUGAUUUAGAUGAUGGAUAUGGUACAGUCACCCCCGGUACUGUCUUUAAAGAGGUGUGGCAGGUGAAUGUAAAACCCAAAGGACUGGGCCAAACCAAAAACCUCACAGGUGUUUACCGGCUAUGCCUCUCUACUAAAACUAUUCACCUCGUUAAGUUGAACUCUGAGACACCCUGUGUUAACCUGCAGCUGAUGAACAUCAGGCGCUGUGGACAUUCAGAAAGUUUCUUUUUCAUCGAGGUGGGUCGCUCCUCUUCUAUUGGGCCUGGAGAGAUAUGGAUGCAGGUGGAUGAUUCUGUGGUGGCCCAAAACAUGCAUGAGACUAUCUUGGAAACGAUGAAAGCAUUGAAAGCUUUUGCUGAAUUUCGGCCGAGGAGUAAAAGUCAGUCGUCAGGCUCCAAUCACAUGCCAUUUAUCACAACAAGGCGCCACCUGGGUAACCUGCCGCCAAGUCAGACUGGGCUGCAGCGGCGGUCAAGGACAGAGUCAGUGGUUGGUACACCGCCAUCGAGUAAAAGUUCCGUGGCUAGUGGUUAUCGCUUUCGGACAUCCAGUGAGGGUGAGGGUACGAUGAACCGGCCGUUUCGCUCUGCCACAGGAAGUUUGGUUCACCUUAAUACGGCGCGGCCCCAUCAUGGUCGCCAGGAGGGCAGUGGCGGCAGCAGUGGGAGUGGCGUAGCCACAGGAAAUGCUGGUACAAGCACCGGCAGCGGGCGCUAUGUCAGAGCUGUUGCAGGGGCGUCAUCAACCUAUCACGCCCGCUCCGCCUCGCUGCCAGUCUCCCACUUCCCCUCCACCACCAGCCCCGUGAGCGUUUCUUCCAGCAGCGGCCACGGCUCCGUCUCUGAUACGCUCACCCGCCCAUCAAGCGCCUCAAUAUGCGGCUCUCCAUCAGAUGGUGGCUUCAACUCUUCAGAUGAGUAUGGCUCCAGUCCUGGCGACUUCCGCUACUUCCGAGUACGGAGUAACACACCAGACUCCCUUGGCAACACCCCACCAAUCAGAGAGGAAAAUUGUCUAAAUGAUUACAUGGCCAUGGGCUGGAAUCGGGAGGUCUUUGGCACCAGUGGUGGCUCUGGAAACAACAGUGGAGCUGAUACACCUCGUGAUGAGAGCACAUCAACAACAGAGGAUGAGCGUUUCUCUUCAUCAUCACUGAGGAGGAGGACUCACUCUUUUACCAGACCUACAGGUGGUGCAACUGGAGUGGCAGUUUAUCAGAAAAUGACGCAGACCAACUUCUCAUUAGACGAGGGGUCAGAUGUUGUGUUACCAUUUGGCAGCGGGCUGCUCCGUGGGGGGCCGUCCUCCUCCUCUUCCUCGCUGCGCUCCGACUACAGCUCCUGUUCCGAACACAGCCAGCAAAGCCGUCCCUCCACGCUCUCCCGGACAGAGGCUGGUGCUGAGCGCCCUCCCCUUUCCUCCUCCGUCAAGGAAGACAGUGGGUACAUGCCCAUGAUGUGCGGUGUGGUGGUGUCACCAAGGGACACUCCCCCUGAUUACAUGCCUAUGCAACCCAGUUCUUACUCCCACCACGUCUCCCAUUCUCCUCAGUUUCACAGUCCAGCUUUAGCUACACGCUCAGUUCACCAUCACCACCCUCAGCUCCAGUCCCAGUCCUCCACAGACUCCCACGGCUACAUGAUGAUGCUCCCGGGGGGCGGCGGCGGCGGCUCCCCCUCCCCAGUUCAGGCCUCUCCCAGCCCUCACAGUAGCUCCAGCCUGGUUGGGGCUUGCGCAAGCGACAGCAUAGCAGAAAGACCCGAGAAUGGGGAAUAUAUGGACAUGUCGUACAGCAGCGGUGGGGGGCGCAAGGUCUCAAAUGAAGGGAGCAGCGGUUAUUAUACAACUGGCACACCUGAGGGCACCCCCAAACCUUACAGCCCUUAUUUCUCCCUUCCUCGCUCCUAUAAGGCCCCUAGCAGAGAAAGGGAAGAGAGAGCGUACGGGGAGUAUGUCCCCAUGAGUUCUCCUGCCAAGCCAGUCUACUCAUCAGUUGCCACAGCUUCAGUGUCAACACCAGAAAAGAGGAGUGGGGGAGGUAGUAGCACCUCCACUCCCUCUCACCCACCUCCGCCUUACAGUGCUCACCAUACGACUGCAGCAAUGGCUGACAGACGUAUUGUGAGGCCCAACCGCCUCCCGUUAGGCCGAAGAAGUUUCCAUGGUCCACUGCGGGUUAGUGAGCCCUCCAUGGCGUCUGCAGGCACCUUAACUUCAGUCCCCACCACUGGUAGCUCAUCUGAAGGGCCUUCCAGUCCUGGAGAGUAUAUUAACAUUGAGUUUGGUGAUCACUACCCUCUCCAGCAAGAGCCACCUGCCUACCCUCACUCUGCCCAAGACGAAGCGCCUUCCCUGGGAUCCAGUGACCACUGUCGCUCCCCUCCCCAGGACUACAUGAGUGUGGAAGUAGGACCAGACCAGCAGGAUAGUUCUGAUUGUCUGGGUAAGAACCAGUCCCCCAGACCCAGCCUGGUUGCCCCAUGGAACCCACCCAGCUAUAUUCGACCCCUGGCUAGCAAUCCUGCAACGCUGGCCUCCCCUGGAGUCCAGGCCGGAGGUCACUGGAGGUCAAUUGGGGACGACUACACGGACAUGACAUUUAACGUCAGCAGAGGUGAUGGGACACAAACGAGCCCUACAGCCAUGCUGCAGCAUCUCUGUGCGAUAGAGGGGCGUUACUGUCACCCUCCUCACACCACCACCACCACCACCACCACCACCUCCUCCUCCUCCAUUUCUCCUCCUCUCCCCCCGACGAGCCCAGACAGGGCGUCAAUACACCAAGUGGAGCCCAAGGUGGUCCGAGCCGACCCCCAAGGCAGGAGAAGACACAGCUCCGAGACAUUCUCCUCCACCUCUUCCUCUAAUUCAACUCCCUCUGGAGGAGGGCUUGGCUCCUCAGCCACACACCCCACACUGGCUAACCCCACAGCCCCCAACGGAUCUUAUCUAACUGAGGGUCAGGCUUCCAGAUGGGCCAGCUCAGCAUCUUUCGACAGUGUGUGGAUGUCUGUGGAGGGUGUGGGGGAUUCUUCAGCUCACCAUGCCCCAGCAAGAACAACAGAAACGGGCACGGCCUCCAGGACUUCAGCAUCAUCCUCCUCUUCCACGGCGCCUGGAGCUGGCAGAAUGUGCAGGAACAUGUCAGUCGGCUAUCAGAAUGGCCUCAACUACAUUGCCUUGGAGCUGAGGGAGGAUGGAAGUAAUACGGGAGCCCUGACGUCGGGAGCAGGUAGCAGCAACGGGAGCACAGCGGCGGUGGGGACGGUGCCUCUGCCAGAGAACGGAGCCUAUGCCAGUAUAGACUUCACCAAAUCAGACGGAGUCACCACAACAACCAAGGACUGAGCGACAGAGGUUCCUCGCACGCCGCUGCCCCUCCUCAUCUCUCUGCUUGGGGCACUUGACUCUGCCUGUGACCUUUGGGCUCCACCGCCGGUGACCUCUGACCUUCACUGAGACUGAGAAGCUGCUCC